AUUUCCGAUGGGAGAUAACCGAUGCAAAUAUGGUACAGACAACGUGAAAAAUUGGCAUUACUUUAAUUUUUCAAACUAUGCAAAAAGAGCAAUGGUGACAAGUGGUUUUCUUGCAGUGUAUCUCCUGUCUGUUUUGACACUAACAUAUUGCACAAACGAUGACGACAAGACAGUAUUCUCAGGGAAAAUAAUGCCACUGGAAAGAUAUAAAAGAUUAUUUGUGGAACACAGACACAUACAAUUAGAGGCGGUGAAGUCAUUACAAGGUUUUGAUGACAAUACCAGAAAAUAUAAACUAGUCAAUGUUAUGUUACAGAAGUUAUUCUUGGUUUUGAGUGAAGCAAAGCAAAAUUUAACUCAAUGGGGAUUUGUGCCAGGAAUUGAUCCUUUUCCAGAUAAUGAAACUGUCAGAGAAGCAUUUUCCAAGGUUGUUGAGAACACUGCAAUGUUUGGUGACCUAGUUCUAAGACUUCCUGAUGUAGUCCAUGGUCUGUUUGAUAAGAAUACAGAAUGGAAUGUCUUAAUGGGAUGGUGUGUUUGGUUUUCUGCAGAAUCAAAAGUGUUUGAUGGUGGAAGUGAAAAACUACUCAAUUUAAUGUCUCAAGAGAUAAAUCUGAUACCAAAAGAAGAUGAUUAUAUAAAUCCUUUCACUGAAGAAAAUCAAAAGUUAAAGGAACAGGCAAUGAAAGAUGUUUUGGAAACAGCUAAGUCAAAAACAAAGUCUAAAUCAACAAAGAAAAAGAAGGAGAAGAAAAAAGGACCAAGAUUGAGUCAUACUGAGCUGUGACAGUUGUUUACAUAUAGACUUACAUGAAGCUUUCAGAUCUAAGAGAGUUAAGAAGGACCAUAAAAAUGAAAGCACCUACCAGAGGUGAUCUUAUUCAGGGAUUGUUGUGGACAGAAUUUGUUACUGCAUUCUACAAAUGUAGAUUUGAGGGGUUAAAAGAUAUUGGUGAAAGGUUUUAUUUUGAAAGAUAUGUUAUGACUGAAUUUCAGUAUUACUGAAAGUGUUUUUAAUUAAUGGUUUAUUUAUAUACUUUUAAGUGGUCAAUGAAAGAUUUUUUUAUAAUUUUAAGUGGUAACCUAGACCACAGUUCAAAUGACUGGUUACUUUUUUAAAAGUGGCAUCAAAGACCAUAUUUCUAAUGACUGUGACUGUCAUUGUGUACUUUUUUUAUUUAAGUGGUACCGGAGACCACAGUUCAUGACGGUAUUUUGCAAAUUGGAAUAUAUUUGUGUAUGCUUCAAUACAAGAGUAUUUCUGUUUUAAAAUCAUUAACUACAGGUGUCAUUAAUGGCUGAGGUUAAUGGUUUAAUAGAUCUUAGACAUAAAAGACAUAAGCAUACAUUGAUAGCUCAAGUGUGACUAUUUAUAUUUGCACUUAAAGGAAUCAACGAAAUAUAGGUGUGUCAGCUUACCAUAAUUCAACAAUCUUGUAUCCUGGUACAGCUGAAAUUAUUGAGGUUUUUGGGUACUAUGUUCUCUCAAAAGUCUUUAUUCUGCAAUUAAACCAGAACUUAAUUGAAAUGUACUAAUCAACGUAAUGUUAGAGAAAUUGUAAUAUCUUAAAUGCUUAUGUUGGGACAUUUAUAGAUUAUGACGUCAAAAAAACAUGACAUGAAGUAUUUUUCUUGAAACUUAUCAUUUACUUGAAGAAAAAAAUGUCUCGACUGUAAACCUUGAUAUUUUGACAGGUUGAUUUUUUCCUGAUUUUAAUGAUAAAAUUUUUGUACUUGGGUUACAUUUCCAAGUUGAACAGUAAGUGUGCCAUUCACAUCCAUAUUGUUGAUUUGUACUAACUAUUUUCAUGCAUCUUAUGUGAUAGGGAAAUAUUAAAGCAAAAAUAACCCAUGUAAAAUUUCAAUAUAGUAUCCUAUGUUUGUUUUUUUCCAUAUAUGUUGUAUUUCUAGCUCAUUAAUACACACAAUGCAUACAAGUGCUUCAUAAUUGGGCUGUAUUUUUAGUGUCCAUGUUUAAAAGUUCAAUAUCCUUUCCUACAAUUUAUACAUAUUAUUUGUUUUUAUAUGAUGCAUUCCAUGAUGAUGAUUUUCUAGAUUAUAAGAUAUUCAUGUAUGUAGUUAUAAGAAAUAAGAUUGUGUGAAGUAUUGUUGUAGAGGAUUAUUGACAUCCAAAGAAUAAUUUAUCAAUGGUAUUGCAUGUCAAUAACAUAUAACAGAAGAAAUGUUUACAAUGUUUCGGCUUUUUUUUUUUUAUUAUGUAUUCAUCAUGUUUUCAUAAUUUCAACUACCUUAGGUUUUGCAUAAAUAGUGAGCUCAACAGUGUUGUACAUUUCGUAAGCAAAUUUCUGUUGAGUCACUUUUUAAAACAACCAAUAAGUUAAAAAAUCUCACAGCUACUUAACUCACUUGUGACAAUGUGGCUCCACCUAUAUGAAUGUUUCUGUUUUUAAAUGCAUCAUCUGUAGAUUUUAAAGAUAUUUUUCUUUACUUUAUCAAAACACUUUCAUAUACAAUAGCUCUUACUGUAUUUGCUAUAACACUUUUGUGAUGUUCUAACUUUAGUAGAAAUCUUGUUAAUCAGAGACUGCUGUUUAUUUGAAUGUUAUAAAUAUAGUUUCAGUCAGGUAAGAUGGCUAUGAUGUAUGAUUGGUACAAUUAAUAAAACUUAAGUUUACAAAAAGGUAUAAAUGAUGAUUAAUGAUACUUUAAUAUAAAGGCUUCUUCAAAGGUACAUUAUACACAUAAGAAGUCAGAUAUCUAUGCUGAUCAAGAUGUUAUUAAUCUUUGAGCUAGUGCUGGAAGAUCAAGAUGUUAUUAAUCUUUGAGCUAGUGCUGGAAGAUCAAGAUGUUAUUAAUCUUUGAGCUAGUGCUGGAAGAUCAAGAUGUUAUUAAUCUUUGAGCUAGUGCUGGAAGAUCAAGAUGUUAUUAAUCUUUGAGCUAGAGCUGGAAGAUCAAGAUGUUAUUAAUCUUUGAGCUAGUGCUGGAAGAUCAAGAUGUUAUUAAUCUUUGAGCUAGUGCUGGAAGAUCAAGAUGUUAUUAAUCUUUGAGCUAGUGCUGGAAGAUCAAGAUGUUAUUAAUCUUUGAGCUAGUGCUGGAAGAUCAAGAUGUUAUUAAUCUUUGAGCUAGUGCUGGAAGAAGGCAAAGACUAAAAUCAUUAUCAUACAGAACGAAUAGAAGGUGAUGCAAGAUUUUGUUAUUUAUUAAUCAUUUCAUUUUUUAAAGUGGGAUAUCUUUGCUGAACACGAUGUAAAGCAUGUGUCUGGAUGUCUCCGCUGCUCAUCUUUACCACAAAAGAAUUGAAUUGCCCCCAAGCUUUUAAACAAGUGAUUUAGGAAGUCUGAGACUUUUAAAUUUGUAUCAUACAGAUCUAAAAGUUUACCUGUCACACAUGGCCAUGCAAUUUAUUAUUAUUUAUUAAUCAUUUCAUUUUUGUCGAGAAAGCGUGACAUAGCGAUCCUAGAUUACGUCAGUGGCAGCAGCGUCAACAUUUAGGUUCAGUCUGUAGUCAUUUUAAAACAUUAAUAACUUUGUCAAACCUUCAUGGAAUUUUAUGAAAUUUGGACAGAAGCUUGUUUAUGACCAAAAUACAGUAUCCAGAGCAAAAUUUUGAAAAUAUUUAUUUUCGUUUUUCCCUAUUUUACUGAUAAAUGGACUUGUUUUUUGUUUUUUUUUACACUUAACAUUCAGAUUCAGUCUGAGGUUAAAGUUUUUUCAGUCAUCAAUAACUUUGUCAAAUCUUCAUGGAAUUUUAUGAAAUUUGGACAGAAGCUCGUUAAUGACCAAAAACAGUAUCCAGAGCAAAAUUUUGAAAUUUUUUUCUUCAUUUUUCUGUAUUUUACUGAUAAAUGGACUUAGUUUUUUUACAGUUAACAAGUAGAUACAGUCUGGGGUUAAAGUUUGUUACACAUCAAAUACUUUGUCAAACCUGCAUAGAAUUUUAUGAAACUUUGGCAGAAGCUUUUUUAUGAUUAAGAGAUAAUGUCUGAAGCAAACUUUUGAAAAUAUAUUUUCAUUUUCAGUAUUUUCUGAUAGAUGGACUUAGUUUUUUACAGUUAACAUUUACAGACAGUCUGGGAUUUAAUUUUUUUGACAUGAUAAGUUUGUAAACCUUCAUGGACUGUUAUGAAAAUUGGACAGAAGCUAAUCUUCAAGACCAAGAAAUAGCAUCUAAAGAAAAAGUUUGAAUUUUUUUUGAAUUCUGUACUUUACUGAUAAAUGGACUCACUUUAUAAGUCAACAUUACACUUUUACACUGACAGCAGCAAUCAUAGGCGAGAUACAGGGUUCCCUUACAAAUUUUUUUUAGUUGCAUAUCUUGGCUGUCAAAAUGAAUUGCAUCUUUGAGCUAGUAUUUGAAGAAAUCUAGGACUUUUUAAAUUUGUAUCAGAAAGUCACGUCCACAUUACCAUGCAAAAUAUUGUCAUUUUAAAUCAUUUCACAUUUCAUUUUCUAUCAUACCAAUCAUAUUUUACAUUGGAAAAAGUAGAUGUUGUUAAUUGAAGUUUUUUUAAACCAGUGCCAUUCUAAUAAAAUACUUGUUUCUGAAGAUAGCUCGAUAGAUGAGUAAAUCUUGCUAAAAAAAUACUAUGAAAUAUUUAUGUCACGCAAAAAAUAAAAACAACUAAAACUAAAAAAACAAACAAAUGAACAAUGAGAGAUGUCAAAUCAGAGUAAAUAGCUAUAGUGUUUGUCAUAUACAUUCAUCUUAAUUAAUUUUUUCCCUUUGUUCAUGGUUGAUUGAUUGAGUGCUUGUUUCUUAAUGUCCAGUGGCAAAUAGUUCAUGCAUAUUCAGGACGGUACAGACUUAUGAAAAUGGGGGGAACUUUCAUAUAAAGGCAAACGAGUAUAAUUAAUCAUAUAUGUGCCCAUCAUGUCAACAUAUAUAUUGGCGACAAGUGUUUUUAUGAUGUUUUGGAAAAUGCAUUUUUUCUUAAAUGUAAACUUGUAUACAUGUUUGGGCAAAUGUUAUGAAGACAAUGAUAUGUAUUAAAUUCUUAUAUUUAUUAAAAUUUGUUAUGAGGCAAA